CUUUAUUCUCUAAACAGACACCUCGCCCAAACUCUUUUCUCUUGCAAAGCUCGUAGCAGAUUGCAGAACAGCACAAGUAGACGCCGGCUCUCUCUCCCUUUCUCCUUUUCGGCUCUAUUGCAACGUUCAGAGACGAUUACACAGAAGUUCGUGCAAUACCCAGAGGUUUCUCUGCAAGGGAGGGAAAACCAAGAAAUACGGCAGCCCGCGUACCACUACCACCUUUAGCACUAGUUUCUGGUAAGACAAAUCCUGGUCUUGUGAAAGAGUCAUGGAUGAUAGAUCUUUGAAUCUAACCACGAGUUUCAUUGACCAGAUAGUGGUACCGGGAGAUGUGGUUCUUGAUCUAUCAAGCAUGUCUAACCAAACCAUCAAGUUGGGUGGAGGAUUGCGUCAGGACUGUGACACCAUUUCUGUGAUGAAGGCUGGGAAGCUAAAGUUCUCAAAACCAAACAAGUAUUGGGUUGAAAGUUCCCAGAAGAGGUAUGUACCCUGUGUGGAGGACACAAUUCUUGGUACUGUGGUAGACUCAAAGGCAGAUAACUUUCUUGUGGAUAUAAAAGGACCUACUUUGGCAUUUUUACCUGUACUUGCCUUUGAGGGAGGAACGAGGAGAAACAUACCAAAAUAUGAGGCAGGUACAUUGCUCUAUGUCCGAGUGGUCAAAGCAAAUGCUGGCAUGAAUCCUGAGCUCUCAUGCACUGAUGCCAGUGGGAAAGCAGCAGAGUUUGGUGUCUUGAAAGAUGGCUAUAUGUUUGAAACAUCAACUGGCCUCUCACGAAUGUUGCUAAGCUCCCCUACAUGUCCGGUUCUUGAAGCUCUGGGGAAAAAGCUAUCAUUUGAGAUAGCUAUCGGGCUAAAUGGCCGAGUCUGGGUCAAUGCUGCAUCUCCGUCCACGGUUAUCCUUGUCUCAAAUGCAAUCAUGAACUCAGAAUCUUUGAGCGGGGUGCAGCAAAGAAUCAUGGUGGAAAAACUUAUGCAGAAAUUUCAGUCUUCGAGUUGAUAAGUUGGAAGUUGGAUAUGGUGGACGAAUUAAACUACUGCAGUUUCCGUCUGAGUUUUAUGGUAUUAUGGCCCUCUGUUAUUUAGGCUCGAGUAUUUGAAUGCAAGAUCUAACAAUGGUUGGCAUGUCGUUCUGUGCAACACUUGGGUUUAGCUACUCAGACUGAGAAUAAAAGCUUCAUUCAUGUUACCCCCUUGCCAUUUUCUUUCCUAUUCUACAAUUUUUAGUAUCAUUCUCUUUAUAUUUACUGAAGAGAGAUUUUACAGUGUAGUUAACUUGUAUAUUAUUUAUUUAUUUUUAUCUAAAAUGAAAUUGUAUCUUUGCAAUCCA